AUGUCCCUUUGCUCGCUACUUGCGCCAGCUUUCACUUACUCGUUUCCAGAUUCUUCCUCAUAUUACUCCUUUUGCUCUCAAAAUUUAGGAAUCAACCCUCAAGAAAUUGAGUUAUUUGCCUUAGUUCCUAUAAAUGAAGUAUCAAAUCCCACUCAAAUUGCAAUAAAAGUGAAACAAUCAUCAUUUUCUUUAUCAUCACUAGAAGAACUUAUCAGUGAAAGAAAUCAGCUGAAAGUCCAAUUAGAAAAAUCAAGAGAAGCUUUACUAAAUUAUUCAGAAAAAAUUUUAGCACAAGCUGAAAAAGGAAUCCCAUCUGAUGAAAAAUAUAAGAAAAAAAUAGCCAAGCUUUCAGAAGAUAAUAAGAAGCUCAGACAAUUGCUAAAGUAAAUUUUAUGUAGGACUCAAUUGGAAAAUGCGGAAAAUUUAAGAAUUGAGACACAAAAAACUGUUGAAAACUUGAGGCAAGAAUUUGAUAUGCUAGUAAAGGAGCUUAUGGCUGCAAAAGAAGGAAAAACGAAAGCAGAUGAAAAACCGCCAGUAGAAAAGAGAUUUGUUGUUCCUAAGCUGAAGAUAUAA